UGCUCAGUAAACACCGCUAAAAUGCUAGGCUACAACUAUUAUUCACAAAAAUAUGCGUAUUGUUCUGUAUCGUCUCAUAACUGAUAUCUGCGUCAUGCUGUGUUUUAUUCAUUAACGCAGUUUACUAUAAUAAGAGCACAGCAUUCAUUUCCUGCAUCUGGCGCAUAAUUUCAAGUAGAUCUCGCACGUUUGCUUUUAGCUAGCGUUAGGUUUAGGUACGUCAUGUAGCUAAAUAUAUAAAGUGAUAUAUGUGUAUUAAGAUUACUGUUAUGGUUAUUCAUUAAGGCCAGGCAAAUUUGUGUGUCCAUGGGGAAAAGGAAAGACAUGAUACAUCCCAGGUUUCUAGCCGGAAAUGGGGACGAUUAUAUCAACAAGAAGAAACACAAAAAGCACAAGAAACACAAGAAGAAGCAUCAUCGGGAUGAUGGACACAGUUUCUCCUCUGAGGCUCUGGAGUCGGACUCCGGCAUGGUACUCAAACCCCCUCAACUCAAACUCAAGAUCAAACUAGGAGGACAAACAUUAGGCACCAAAAGUGUGCCCACGUUUACAGUGAUCCCGGACUCUCUGCGUGUGGUGUCACCGCUGAAUGUAGACAGUGAUGAUGAUGAUGAGGAUGAAGACUCUGAUGAUGAUGUGCCUUCAGAGGGAGUCCCUAUUGAGCAGUACAGAGCCUGGCUGGAUGAAGACAGCAACCUUGACCCAUCUCCACUGCCAGACAUGGGCACAUAUUCACUUCUGGAAGUCCCUAUGGAUGAGGAGGAGAGGUGGCUAGAUGCUCUGGAAAAGGGAGAGCUGGAUGAUAAUGGAGAGCUGAAGAAAGAGAUCGACGAGUCUUUGCUUACAGCUAGACAAAAAGCGCUUCUACAUAAACAUCAAAGCCAGCCCUUACUAGAGCUCCCCAUGGGAUACAAGGAGAAGGAGCUCACGGCGGAGAUGAUGCAGAAGCGUGAAGAGCGUGCCCGCAAACGUCGUCUUCAGGCCGCCAAGAAAGCAGAGGAGAGCAAGAAUCAGACCAUCGAGAGGCUCACCAAGACCAGCAAAGCCAAGAUCAAGAGUAUGAGGGAGCGCAAGUCAAAACAGGCCCAGCUCCCCAUGGUCCGCUACAGCAGUUCUGCACAGGGUGCAUCUGUAUCCUACCCUGUUGGGAUACCUCACCCAACCCCUGCAUCACCCCAAGCUCCUCCUCCCACGCCGGUGAACUGUGGAGUGUCUGGAUGCUCCAAUCUAAAGAAAUACUCCUGCUCCAAGACUGGGACUCCACUGUGCAGUCUGGAGUGUUACAAGAAGAACCUGACAUUGGUGGAGGGCGUUGCUUAAAACUUGUUAGCUGCAGCUUUGUGCGUUCGUUUUGUUUUGUUUAUAAUGUUUGGUCUGUUUAAAUCAUGCAGGUGUCACAUGUCUGGUUCAUACAAUUAUGUUUAAUACAAGGAGUCAGUGUGAAAUCAUGGUGAAGUUUAAUUUAUUUUGUAAAUGGUAAGCCACAGUGGAUUUUAUUCAUAAACACAAAACAAAAAUCAUUGCCAUUUCAAAAACAAUUUAUGAACAAUAAUUUGGAUAAUAAAACGUCGCUACAUUGUAUUGUGUGUGAGCUGAAGGUAUAAGAACAGCUUUAUUUUUGUAACAAGACUGAAAUAAAGAACACUGAAGUCAA